CCCGUUUGCUCGAGAGGUUCCCCCUCCCGGCUGCAGUGGGCAGGGCUGGAGCAACGUGGCGCUGUUCGGCCCCGUCCACUAGGGAGAAGAAGAAGGCAAAAAACUUCGGAGUCCCGGAGACCCCGUAGGGGAACUUCAGCUUCUUCAGCCCCGAUGGUCCGAUCCUGCAUCUCCCCCUCUUCUCGGAGCUGCGGUAUAUCUGCGGGCGGCAUUUCCGUCGCUGCCCCGGCGUCCGAGCCGCGAGCUCCCGAUCCGGCGACUCCUUGCAAGCGCGACGGAGCCGCCUCGCCGGCGGAGGAGCCUCUGGCGCCGGAACGCGGAAUGCGCCUCCUUUCCAAGCUGCGACCGACGGCAGCCGAGCGCUAAACUGCUGCGCGUCUCCGGGCUUGGCUCCGGGAUUUCUUUUUCGCCUGCUUGGUCAGGCCGGGAAGCAAACUUUCGAGCUGAACUCUCCCAUCGCCAUGGGUAAGUGCAAGAUCCUCCCUGCUAGGGGACACAGAGUGGAGGGCAAAGGAGACUGUUUUGGUUUUUUCCUGGCUUGCUUGGUGGAUGGAGGAGUGGAAAAGCACAGCAAACUUUUCCCACUCGACUGCUUAAUUUAAUAUAGAUAUAUAACAGGCCUAGCAGUUAGCUGUCUUCCUUAAGCAUCUUCUUAUUUUCCGUCCUAUCUUCUCCGGACUCCACCCCUGUGGUGGAUUAAGACUUUCUAUACAAUAAUGCGUAUGCGGGUUUGCAAGAACGCUUUAAAGAAAGAUGCUCUUAGCAGAGGAUUAAAAAAUAAUAAUAACGGUGCUCCUCCUUCGACUUUCAGGUUUAGGGGUGAAAGGAGCUAAAAAGUAACCAAGAAUUCCACAGCUCAGAGAAAAAGGAGACGUAGUUUUCCUAGUUAGGCUGUAGUCCUUUGCUUUGAAAGUCGUGGCUUUUCAGAGUAAGUAGAGCUGUUCAACCUAUGUAUAUUUAUUUGGGAGUGUGCCCUGUUAAAUUCAGAAGAACUUACUUCUGAGUAAGCAUGCAAGUCCUGAACAUUUUUACUUGAAAAGUUGUCCUGCUGAAGGUCAUGGGCCUUACUUCCAAGUAAAUAUGAACAAGCAGGAGAAAGCCAAUUGAAUGGUAUAUUCUUUGCAGAAUUAAACAACUCUCUGAUACUUGCCCAAGUAAAUUGAGGCCUCUGUUGUACUUAGCAUUCAGUCUGCAUGUUUGUUUAGCAAUGGAAUCCCUAAAAAGGUUGGAUAGCACCUUGCCUGCCUCCUUCUGGCAAAUCCUGCAGCCAAGUUGGUGUCAAACUGUACAGUGGUACCUCACGUUAAGUACUUAAUUCGUUCCGGAGGUCCGUUCUUAACCUGAAACUUUUCUUAACCUGAAGCACCACUUUAGCUAAUGGGGCCUCCCACUGCCGCCACGCCGCUGCUGCACGAUUUCUGUUCUCAUCCUGAAGCAAAGUUCUUAACCUGAAGCACUAUUUCUGGGUUAGCAGAGUCUGUUACCUGAAGCGUAUGUAACCUGAAGCAUAUGUAACCCGAGGUACCACUGUAUUGCUCUGCUUUCCUUUGGACCACAUCAGCAAAGGUGGGGGGAGGGUGGUCUUGUCAUCUGGGCAGCCAAGGACUUACUCUGGGGAGGCCACUUUGGUGCUUAACACAGCGGUUUGACUCCUGGAGGUGCACUCCAUUGCCUGUUGAGACAGACGGAUGCCAACAACUCCCUGGAACUCCAGAAAGAAUUUUGGUGCAUGCACUGAUGGUGCCAUUCUUUAUUUCAAGUUGGUACAUCAGUUUGAAUCCCCUCUCCAUGACUACUUUUUAUAGCGGGAGGAAAAUUCAAAAUAGCAUGCAAUAUCUUUCUGGAAGACUGGAAAGGUAGAGAGAGAUGGGUGUGCAUGUUCAGGGCAGCAUUCUGCAUAUGAAGUGGAAAAAAAACCAAAACAAAACCCAGCUGCAUCCACACCUGUUUUCAGGGGGAGUGGGGAGAGGAAAUAUUCAAAGCACGUUACAUACUUCAUUCCCAACUUACGGGGCAAUCCUAAACAUGUUUAUUCAGAAGUAAGGCUCACAAAAUUCAGUGGGACUUAGGGAGCUGUUGGUGGCCGGGUCUGGGGAGGCAGAUUGCUGCACCUACCUGGACCCCCGAUGCUGUUACAGGGUCAAUGAAACCCAGGACAGCUCUUUCAAGACUUUUUGCUGUCUGCCAGCAAUAAGGAUCCUGCCUUACGCAGCACAUCCACCCACUCACACAUUCCGUAAGCAGGAGGAGGAGCUCUUUGCUAGCAGUGAUGUGGAAAGCUAACACAGGUCAGUAGAGCUGUUGUACUUCUGCCCAAUCCACACACACACCCCAAGCCCAGCACAAAGGGAGUGUGGUUUGUUCUGCCAUACUUUAGGAAUAGGAUUGUGCAUAGGGUUACAUCCUUUCAGAAGGAUUGCAAUAUUGGGGUUGGUUUUAGGAGAUUAGAGCUAAAUCAAGAAAUUGUGUGGAGAUUUUAUUCUGAACAUUUUAUUCUGUUCUGCUGUGUGUGUGUGCAUGCAGAGAGAGAGGGGGUUGUACUUGCCACUCGCUCCAAGCUUUAUGGGUAGGUUGGCUGUAAAUCUCAAUACAGUGGUACCUCUGGGUAAGAACUUAAUUCGUUCCGGAGGUCCGUUCUUAACCUGCAACUGUUCUUAACCUGAGGUACCACUUUAGCUAAUGGGGCCUCCCACUGCCGCCGCACGAUUUCUGUUCUCAUCCUGAGGUAAAGUUCUUAAACCGAGGUACUACUUCCAGGUUAGCGGAGUCUGUAACCUGAAGUGUUUGUAACCCGAAGCGUUUGUAACACGAGGUACCACUGUAGUCCUUAGAACAGUGAUGGCCAAACUUGGCCCUCCAGCUGUUUUUGGACUACAACUCCCAUCAGCCCUAGUUAACAGGACCAGUGGUCAGGGAUGAUGGGAAUUGUAGUCCCAAAACAGGCUGGAGGGCCGAGUUUGGCCAUCACUACUUUAGAACAGAGUCCCAUGGGAAAGACCCUGAUGUUGGGAAAGAUGGAGGGCACAAGGAGAAGGGGACGACAGAGGACAAGAUGGUUGGAUAGUGUUCUCGAAGCUACCAGCAUGCGUUUGACCAAACUGCUGGAGGCAGUGGAAGACAGGAGUGCCAGGCGUGCUCUGGUCCAUGGGGUCACGAAGAGUCAGACAUGACUAAACGACUAAACAACAACAACACCUUAGAACAACUCUGAAAUGUCAAAAUAGAUAGAAACUUCUGAAACAAGCAUGUGCCUGUUUAUAGUCCAGAGAAAGCAAGGCCAGCACCCUACCGCAGAGGCAGGUUUAGGGAAGCCCAGCUGGUUUGCCCACUGUCAUGGAACCAGCUGGGGAACAACCAAGGAAAGAAUUCUCAUAGCCAGGGGAUUGGUGGUGGGACAACAGUGUGUGGUCAGAGGGAGAAGACUGGGAAGAGGAGGUGGGGGGGGGUCAGAAGCUGAAGAAGUAACAAGGCUCAGUGAGCAGGAAAAGUCUGUGACAAAGGGAAGUCCAGAAGCAGAAGCAAGAGAGGAGGGAAACCAAGAGGCAGGGAGGAGUCAGGUUGGUGAAGAAGCACAAGUAUCUCAGCCUUCUGCUGCAACAAGCUUCUCCCCCCCCCCCAAUCUCCCAGAACCAGAAGAGAUAUGAAGUGGGAGGAGCAAAGGCAGACACAGUCUCAGAUUGCUUGGGAACAACCUGGGAGAGGAGGAGACAUGGGAAAGUGGGGACCCUCAGUCUCCACAACUGCCUCAUAGGGGCAAGACCUGUUGAAGAAGAGUUGCUGCAUUCAUUUGGCCUGACACUCCUGAGCCGAUCCUGUUUUUCUAAGAAAGAAUUAAUUUCACCUGCUCCAUGUGAUUUGCUGCUGGCUCGCUCCUGGCACCAGCACUGGGUGCUGAGUCAAGAGGAUGUUGUAGGGGGCGCUGCAACAAUGAUGAACAACAGAAGGCGAGAGGCAGGGGGUGCCAGAUUUUGGCAUCACACGGGGCACCACUGAAAUUUUAAAGGCCAAAGUCUGCCACUGUUUGUGGGCCUCCCCAUAGACAUCUGCCUGGCCCCUGGAUAGGACUUUGGUUUGAUCCUCACAUUUUUAUGGACUCCUGCCACAGACUUCAUGGGGAUCAUCACUAUAGCUUUGCCAAUCUCUCUUUCUCCCACUUUCCUCGUAAUACAGUGACUUAUUUGUGAGUAACAGGCUGCAUGUUAAUCAAAGCUCACCAAACAUUAGCAGCCAGGAAAGCAAUGGGAAUUAGAGGAGGAUCUAAUUGAAUCAGUCAUGGCAUUCGCAGCAGCACCGUAUGUGCCUAAUACAGUCUGCAGGUAGGAACUAAUGAACCGUCCCAGUUUUCUGCAAAGCUCUUUUACUCUCCCUGAAUAAAUAUUGGUUCUAAUUGGCUACCUAUAGACAAGAAAUGUUUGCAGCAGCAUAGGCAGCUGUACAGAUGGGAUAAUUUUUGCAGCAUUAUGUCAGGAGGGGAAUAACAAAUAGAGGUAAGGCACUAAAAAUAGCUUCAUAAAUGCAAAUCUACUUAUUUAACAACAACAUAAUAACAUGAGAUAACAGACUGUGCCAAAUGUAUUCAAGACUGUAAAUAUCGUUCCACCAUGAGAAAUGUUUUCAAUAUUAUUUCCAAAAUAUUGGCACUCUUUUGGACAGCAUAUUGAAGACAAAGGGUAUUAUUGUUCUUAAAGAGAUAAAAAACAACAACUUCACAGCCUAAAGCCAUUGAAAGGGUGAACACAGAAUGAAACACAAGCUCUACGGACUGUAAAGUCACUCAAACAAGCUCUGAAACAAUAAAACCAUUCAUAAACACUCUGGAACCAAUGAAGCAAUUUCAUCAAAUGAAUGACAGAGUUACACGUCAGGGAAAGCCUUCUUAAACAAAUAUGUCUUCAAUAGACACCUAAACACCAUCACGCUGGGCACCUGUCUGAUUUCACCAGGUGAUUAACUCCAGAGGGCUGGAACUGCAACACUAAAAGCUCAGUUUCUAGUGCACCUGCUAUGUGGCAUAGGAUAUUCUCAGCAAUGCCUCUUCUGAGGAGUGCAGUUACUGGACAGGAUAAGGCAGUCCCUUAGAUAUCCUGGGCUAGUUCUAAAUUGUUUACGUCUUUAAAUACUAAAUGCACUAAAACCUUGAACUGCCCCAGUAACAUAUUGGCAGCCUGUGCAGCUCUUUUAGCAGAGAUAUUCUAUGAUGUCCACAGGGUAUUCCAGGCAGCAGUCUAGCUGCGGCAUCCCGCAACAGCUUCAGUUUGCAGGUUAAGCCCAAGAGAAGCCCAACGUGGAGUGUGUUGCAGUAAUCCAGGUUUGAGAUUACCAAUGCCAAGAUCACAGUGGCCAAGCUAUCUCGGCCCAGGAAUGACUAUAGCUGUCUUUCCAACUGAAGCUGGUAAAAGGCAGUCCUAGCCACUAAGACUACCUGUGUCUCAAGUGACAAAGAUGAAUCUAGGACAUGGGUAAGCAAACUAAGGCACGGGGGGCGGAUCCAGCCCAAUCGCCUUCUAAAUCUGGCCUGCAGACGGUCCGGGAAUCAGCGUGUUUUUACAUGAGUAGAAUGUGUCCUUUUAUUUAAAAUGCAUCUCUGGGUUAUUUGUGGGGCAUAGGAAUUCAUUCCAUUUCCCCCCCUUCAAAAUAUAGUCCGGCCCCCCACAAGGUCUGAGGGACAGUGGACUGGCCCCCUGUUGAAAAAGUUUGCUGACCCCUGAUCUAGGAGCACCCCUGGUUCCUUCAGAACACCCAGACCCAUUCCGUCAGAGAGUAAGCCUGCAAUCUAGUGUACCAGAGCCCUUCUGGGUUCCAUGGGACAAACUUAUCAGCAAAUAGGUAUACAAUGUAACUUUUAAGUGUUGUGCAAAAAAAAGAGGAAAGCUUUGUUUCGCAGAUUCUACCGGACAUUGUAGCUUCUUUCAAAGAGUGGUAUCUGAUAGUGUGCAUCUGCUAAAGAAUGGAAUCCUACCAUGGAAUAGGAGAGGGAGGCAAUAUCUGGUGAUUCACCCUUCGUUCUGCAUUCUCCUGAAUGCCCUCAUAUGCUCCACAGGGUUAGAGGACACCAGCAGACUGACACUGUUGGAUCGUGCUCAAUAGUAUUAGCUCAGCAAACAAAAGAGCUGGCACCAGGUACUGCGUACCUGCUGUCUCAAAAGUGCACAGCGGUCCACAUGCCGCUGGCAAUUACUUGGUUGGAGCAAUGUGCCAAGAGUGCUUCAGCCAUUGUAGUGAUGGUGCAGUAAUAAUGGUGCAUGUAACAGUUGGCAGUGUACUCCACCUUGACAUAAGCUGCUGCUGCUAUAUAUGGUGUGGUAUAUGGGUGCAUUCUGCAUGCUGUCAUAAGACCGUGCUGCCAGCAGCUCUCUGGGAGUCUUUGCCAGCUCCACCUGGGACCUUCUGUAUGCCAGUGGCGUGUGGCUAGUGGACUAGUGGGACUAGGCUAGUCCCCUAAAUGUUCCUGAUAAAUUAAGAGUGUUAAAGUUAUAAGGUUUUGAAUAAACAUACACAAAUUUAUUGAUUGUUAACAUAAUAGACAGAUGAUUUAAGGAUCUUGACAAUUUGAUAAUAUGCAGAGAAGAAUACGUGUUGAAAAAUCAGAGAGAGGAACUGAGGGAAAAUGGGGGGGAAUGAAAAGAAGAUGAUAUGUUUUGAUAAUUUGUUAUGUUGAAAUUCUCAAUAAAAACUAUUAAAAAAAAAAAAGAGUAUUAAAGUAAUAAGACCUGGUACCUCCUUCCCAAAUCUUGGGAAGCUUCUGCCUGGCUUAGGGAGGGAGGUGUGAUGCUCCAACCAAGAACCCUCCUGCCACCUUCCCCAAGCCUGCCUGGCUUUGGGAAAGAGGCAGGAGGGCUCCUGUUAUGUACUGAGUUGAAUAGGAUCCAAAAGGCAGCAGUCUGAUUGGUCCUAGAACAAUAGGAUUCAGAAUGCAGCAGUCUGAUUGGUCCUAGAACAGUAGGAUUCAGAAUGCAGCAGUCUGAUUGGUCCACAGGAGCCACCCAAUCCAGCUCCAGGUGGAAGUGAAUCCGCAACCAGAUUGGCCUACAGGUGAAUCCCGGAAUUAGCCAAUCACAUGGGCCCCUUUGUGUAAAUAAUGUAUAUAAAGCAGACAUUCUGAGGGAACUUCCAUUUCUCCUCACCACUAUGAGCUAAAUAAAGAGCAUGAAAUCCACUCUCAACUCUGAGUAUAUUUCAGCUCCAUUAUCAUUUCAGACGCCUGGCACCUCUUUCCCAAAGACCAGGAAGCUUUUGCCCAGCUUAGGGAGGGAGGCAUGAUGCUCAUGCUCACAAUAUCAGCCCUCCAUCCCCAUUGCCCUCGCAAGCAAUGCUCCCUGACUGUUCCCAUACAAAAAUAUAUAUUAAAAAAAUCACUGCAUGCUGCUGGCUACAGCCCUUCCCCAAACAGAGGCCUUUGGUGGGCAGGACUCUUGUGUCUUUGUCACGGAAAAGGGUUUGAAAUGUCCCUAAUGAAACUAGUCAUUAAUGAGGCUCCUGUGCAUUUGGGCAGGAUUAGACAUGGGAUCAUAGAACUGACAUCGUGUGCUGGAAUGAAGCGUGGCUAUGAGAUGAGUUGAUGCAGGAGGGUAAGCAUGGCAAAGUGCCCAGAGGUCUGUUUUCAGCUUCAUAGAGAAUAUAUUAGACAAAGCAUCAAUCAUUUUGUUUACCUGAAAGAAUUCCUAGCAGGUAGGAGGAAGUGACACAGAUGUUUGCUGUUCUGUGCACUGAAAGCUGUAACAGUAACGCAUACCCACAAAGACAUAUGUAGGAGUCUCCUGGCUGGCAAGCAGUUGACAGCUGAAAGUGAGGCAGCAGAACUGAAACACCCUGCAGGGGAAUAGGACUGGCUGGUCUGGCUUUCAUCACUGUCACCCAGAAGGUUUUGCAUUUGCAAAAAUAGUCUCGUGCUGUUCCCAGCAUUUUUUUAAGUACAAGUUUGUGGCAGGGAAGAAGAGAGGGACUUGCAUGGCUCGGAGAGUCAUCUGGGUGAGACAGAAACAUUUGCUACACGGAGAUGGCUUCAAAAUGUCUCCCUGUGGCAGCCAUCUCCACAUGUUAAAUAUUCAAGAAGAAGAAGAGUUUGGAUUUGAUAUCCCGCCUUUCACUCCCCUUAAGGAGUCUCAAAGCGGCUAACAUUCUCCUUUCCCUUCCUCCCCCACAACAAACACUCUGUGAGGUGAGUGUGGCUGAGAGACUUCAAAGAAGUGUGACUGGCCCAAGGUCACCCAGCAGCUGCAUGUGGAGGAGCGGAGACACAAACCUGGUUCCCCAGAUUACGAGUCCACUGCUGUCCAUUGUGUGUCUCGCUGUGUGCUCUAGGGGUUUUCGCCCAGUUCAUGCUGAACACCCACAGUUUGCUACAUGGAGGCAGAAUCCACAGACAGCAAACCCAAAGUGGCUUCCACACGUCACUCAUUUUAUGAAUUCAGGCUUUUAGGAAAGAGGCAAAGGCUGUUCACUGUAUGGCGGGGGCUUUUCAGACAAGAUGUUCCUAAUAUGUGACACCCGUAGUCUCAUUAUUUUAAAAGCUUGUUGGUGCUAAUAAUAUUUAGGAAUGCUAAUGCUUAGCAUUUCUGUAGUGCUUUAGAUAAUGACAUUGCAUUCACAUAGCACUUUGUGUAAGUUAAUCUCUGCAACUCCUACAAUAACCCUGAGAGGAAGGCCAUAUUUCAUAGAUGGGCUGAAAGGAGGGAGCUCAGCUUAGAUCAAUCAGUGGCAGAGAAAAUAUUUGAAUCUGGACUUCCUGAUUUACAGCGAAAUCUGCCUAUGCUACCUCUGAUGUGUACUGAAUUUUUCCCUAUUAAGAGAUUCCUGCCUCCUGCACCUGCUUUAGCAAGGAUGCUUCUGUCUGGAUUAGUUAACCAAAUUAGAUUUGUGUUAAAUUGGUAAUACAAUUACUGUGUGUUGAAGUUCAAUAUUCAGUUUCAUUUUCUUAGCUGGUCCCAAUCCAGCUAAAGUUUACUACGACUUGAUUGGAAACAAUGGGACUAGUGUGGAUUGAUGCCUGGGAAUCCCAUGUUUACUUUGUGAAAAACAAUUGAACCAAUAUUCCAUUUUUGAUGUGGUGGCUUUAUUGGUGCUGUGCUAAUUUUAAAAGCAGAAAAAAUAUCCUUCCAGGGGUCAGCAAAGCAUGUUACUAGUUACAGAUUACAAGUUCAAAUGGACUAACUGUGACUAAACAAUCACUCUGUUGACUUAUUAAGGAAGAUAACAUCUUGUUUACUAAAAGAACAGGGCACACGCUCAUAAAGUGUUUGAGAUACUAAUUUUGUUUGUGCAGAGAGUGACUGAAGCUAUAUAUUGCUAGGCUUUAGUAUAUUGUUUGCUUAAGGAACAGGUCCGCACAUUUGUUUGCACACGCAGAUCUUAAAAGUUCUGUUUUAUAUGCUCACACAGAGAGAUUCCUAUUUCCUGUAAAGGUGGAUGAGAAACACCCUGACACCUCAUGAGUACUCUUCUUUCUUUACAGGACAUGCACUGCUGGUUCUCCUGUUAUCCUCAACCGUCUCACUCCUUGGUGGGCUGAUUUUUGGUUAUGAACUUGGAAUUAUCUCAGGAGCCUUGCUGCAGCUACAAGUGGAGCUCCGUCUUAGCUGUUUUGAACGGGAAGUCCUUGUGAGUUCCUUGCUCAUUGGGGCUCUCUUGGCUUCUCUGGUUGGCGGGAUCUUCAUUGACCACCAGGGAAGACGCAAAGCAAUAUUGGUCAGCAAUACCGUUCUGUUGUGCGGCAGUCUCAUCCUUACGCUCUCCGGGUCGCUUGUUUGGCUGGUGUGCGGACGCGUGACGGUAGGCUUCGCCAUCUCUUUGUCCUCUAUGGCGUGCUGCAUAUAUGUCUCGGAAAUGGUGGCUGCCCAUCAACGAGGGGUGCUGGUUUCCCUCUACGAAGCUGGCAUCACCGUGGGCAUCUUACUUUCCUAUGCGCUGAAUUAUGUCUUUGCGGACACUGCCGAGGGCUGGCGGUACAUGUUUGGCUUGGCCAUUGGCCCGGCAGUCGUUCAGUUCCUCAGCAUCCUGUUCCUCCCAAAGAACUCUGUGAAGUUAAAUGUUUGCUACAGCGAGACUAGCAAAAGCCUCAUUCAGCAGCAAAAGAAUGAAGACGUCAUGCUGCCACCAGGCCCUAGGGAGAAGAGUUACUCUUUCGUGGACCUUUUCCGCUCCAAGGAUAACAUGAGAAGCCGAACUCUGGUUGGCCUAGGGUUGGUGCUCUUUCAGCAGUUCACAGGGCAGCCCAACAUCCUUGGCUAUGCUUCCACCAUCUUCCGCUCAGUGGGCUUUCAGAGUGAUUCCUCUGCUGUCCUGGCUUCUGUCGGCCUGGGGGUGAUGAAGGUCAUUGCAACUGUUGUUGCAAUGGCUUUUGCAGAUAAGGCUGGCAGAAGAGUGCUGCUGAUGGCUGGCUGCAUAGUGAUGGCCUUUUCGGUGACUGCUAUUGGCCUGACCAGCUGCUCUGUUUCAUUAGAGAUGGCCAAAGACUGUGAAAUGCUCCCAGGUUCAAAUGCCACUUCGUUCAGCUCGGCUCAUCUCCCUGGAAAGUCAGUGUCCUCCCAUCCAGCUGUGUCUUACUCCCUCCUGGCAUCAGGUGGCAGUGAAAUGCAAAUGGAAUCGACUUCAGCCAUCACGAGGCCUGUAGGCUUGACCAGGACACUUGCCACCCACAGGAAAGGAGAGAGGAUGACAAACACUCCACACACCGGGCAGACCCAUUUUCUCAAUCAGUCCGAUAAAGGAAAGGGACAAGAAACCAGCUCAUCUUUGGGUGAUGCUCCUUCAAAGGAACACCUGCUUCUAAACUGGAUCACACUGCUAAGUUUGAUGGCUUUUGUGAGUGCAUUCUCAAUUGGAUUUGGACCAAGUAAGUGAAUUUCCUCUGCUUUCACAUUCCUACCUAAUUCAGCCCACCUGUCUGCAUGGACCUGACUGUGUGUGAAUGUGUUUCUGCCUUGACCAAGCAGCUGUGGGCACCAAAACUGAAUGAGUACGGUAAAAAUAAAACAUAAGGAUCCCAUAGAAGUGUCUUGUUACUAAGCACCCCAUGAGACUUUUACUUGCCUCCUGAUAUUUGCUCAUAAGAGGGGUCCCUCCUAUGGGUUAACAGCAAACUAGUAAAAGAAAAAUUGCAAGCUAGAAGCAUUUCCUUCUUCCUUCUGCUUUCUUCUCCCCUGCUCCCCUCGUCACUCCAUUGACCAUUUCCUGUAAUCUUACUAGGUCUUCUUCCUCCACUGCUUUUAAAAACAUUCACCAGCUGGGAAUGUUUGGCUGGGAAUGAACACCUAAGCCAGGCUUCCUCAACCUCAGGUGUUUUUGGCCUACAACUCCCAUGAUCCCUAUCUAGCAGGACCAGUGGUCAGGGAUGAUGGGAAUUGUAGUCUCAAAACCUCUGGAGGGCUGAGGUUGAGGAAGCCUGACCUAAGCUGACUCUAACCCUUACUCCUCAUCUUCAUUUACCCACAUAGGUGAAGCUGAAAUAUGCCAAACAUGGCUAGAGCUGGUUCAUGAGGCACUUCAUGGAAGCUGAUCAGGUGAAGCAGGUAUAGAGCACUCUGCAAUCUGAUUGGCUGUUGGGCUGGCGAAGUGGAGAGCUUUGUCUCUCCUUUGCCAGCUCAGUCAGCUGUGGAGUAAGUGGCUUAAGUUCCUCUCUGGCUAGUAUAGAAGUCGAUUGGGCUGGCAAAGCAGAGUGCUCAGUCCCUGUUUCAUGAAUCCCAGUGGCUCCUUUAAAGGGAAUUCCAUGCUGCACUCACCUGUGUGAAAUCCCUGGCUACCAGUGGCAACCAGGCAAAUGGUUAAAGACAAGACUGCUGUAGGUGGAAACUAAUAUAAUCAAAUGCCGCGCUGUGUGUAAUUUUAGUGGUGUCCUCCCAUUCUCACUUCCAAGAUGAAGGGCAGUCAAGGAAGAGGGAAGAGGGAGUUUAAACAAAAAUGUCACCCCUGGCAGCUUGCUGCACUCUUGAGGGAGAAAUACUAGGAGUGGCUCAGGGAGAAUAGUAGAACUUACAUCCAGCCCUCUCUAUGGUCAUUGGAGAUGUCCAUUCUUCCUUUUGAACAUGUGACGCUCCCUUGGACCAUUGUUCCAUUUAGCCUGCAUUGUCUACUCCAAGAUCUUGGGCAGAUGCCAUUCCCUGCUUUACUUGGAGUAGACAAGAUCUUGGGCAAACUGGAGCAGCUGGGGAUUGAACUCUGAAUCUUCUGCGUCCAGAAUACAGGCUCUACAUUUGAUAUAUGGGGCCAUUUGUUUCCUACAAUGGUUGUGGUACCUAGGGCUUCUCCACCUUGUUUCUGAAAUAUUUCCUUCCACCUACGACGUUCCAGGAAGUAGCAGUUCCGGCAGAAACUUAUUUACAUACCUGGUUAGGCAAACACCUGGAAAUAAUCCUUCCAAAUACAUACACAAGAGUUUGGCAGACGUGUUAAUUAUAAUUCACAUGUUCACAUGUAAAGCUUUAGGCAGUUUUCAGUGGUGGUAGGCUGCUGUAACUCGCAAGGCGACCUGAAUACAUUUUGUGUGGUUGCUCCAAGCACAUUCACCAUAACCUCAACAAACUGGUACCCAUGUUGGUCAUUCAGCAGCCCUAGAAAAGGUGGGUCUAAAUGGACAUGGUCUUCAUUUAUCACUGUUUAUAAAAAGGGUUAUUUCAAGAAAGGUGGAAGUUGAGAUCGGCUGUUUUUCAUUAUUUGGAUCUAGAAAUACUACACUGGGGCAACCCAGUCAGAUGGGCAGGGUACAAAUAAUGGAAUUACUACUACUACUACAUGUGGCUUAUGCAAUCCAUAUGCUUUCUCGUAGCCUGCCCCAAUAUAAGACACGAGGGGCAAAAUACAACCCAGAUACAACCCAGAGACUGGAUUGGAAUUGGUCUUUGUCCUCCAAUUCCACAUUUGUUUAACUGACUGAUUUGUUUAUUUUUCCCACUGAUCACAAACUUGCCUAAUAGUGGACCAAUUUGAUUUAGACAUAUGAAACUUCAGGAAACCUAGUAAGGUCAGAAAGUGGUUUGGAAGAAUUAUGACUUCUUUUGUAUGGUGUAUAUACAUACUUUUCUUUGUCUCGUUAAAAAAUGGAUUUCUCAGUGCUUUCCCCCCUAGAAAAAUAGGUACCAGUACUCACCAUGAAGUUGUUACAGGAAGUGCCACACUUUUUAACAACAACAAAAAAUAGGUGCCAGUACUGCAUAACCUUGAGUACCCCUUGAAAAAAAACACUGUCUAUAUGUCCCAAAAGCAACAGUCCCUCUUUCAAACUCUGUGGAACUACAAUGUCUCUUGUUAAUGCUUAGUAUGUUGAGAAUGAACCACAGUGAGCUUUGGCCUUAUGUGAUGUCCCUUCUCCUUAGGCACAGCUGUGAGGAAGACAUCAGAAGCUUUCACUUAAGAUUUCACUUAGCCAAGUUUAGUGUAUCAUCUGAACCUGACAAACCAUGGUUAAUGUGAACUGGUUUAUAUGAAACAAGCCAAACUCAGACCAAAAUUAAUUUUAACCACAGUUUCUUGUGACAUUUAAACGUAGUCAUUGUCUUCAUUCCAGUUAGUUUGAAUCUUCUGUGUGUCUUUGUCGCCCAGCCCAGCAAAUCCUAACUUUCCAUCUACAUCCAAGGCUUUUCCAAGUUGGUUCUCUGCUACAUUUGUACAAAACCAUGGCUUGGCGUUUUCUCUUUGGUUUCCCUCCGUCCUCACCGUGUUCCUCUGCUUUCCUUUCUCCUGCCACAGUGACGUGGCUUGUUCUCAGUGAGAUCUACCCUUGCAACAUACGAGGCAGAGCCUUUGCCUUCUGCAACAGCUUCAACUGGGCUGCCAAUCUACUGAUCAGUCUCACAUUCCUUGACCUCAUUGGUAUGUAUGGCCAUUGCUUGUGUUUGAUAUUCUCCAUAGCAAUUUGCUUCAGAGCAGGGCUGAUUGCAGGUAUGUGGUUAGGCUUAUAUCCUGCUCCAUCCUCAGUUUCUCCAGAAUAUAUUACUAGGCAGGUUAGAAUAUUAAACUUAGGCCAUAGUGGGUGACCCAGGUUCCAAUCCUUACUCCGCAUGUAGCUCACCUUGGGAAGAACAGUGGGGGAGGGAACCAUAUGCUCCUUGGAGGGAGGGAAGCUAAAUAUAAAAGAAACUAUAAUAAUAGGGUGGAACUGUAUUAUUAUACAUCUGAACUAGAACGACUCCGUUCUCAAAUGUUUACGGCUCCCAAAUGCCGAAAACCUGGAAGUAAGUGCUCCAGUUUUUGAACAUUCCUCGGACAAAAACCUAGCUGUUGGCUAAUUGGAAGCUGUGCCUCGGAAUGCGAACGUAUCAGAAGUUGAAUGGUCUUCCAGAACGGAUUAUGUUUGAGUUCCAAGGUUCCACUGUAACAAUGGCAAAUGUCUGUCUGCUGAACUGCUGUGAAGGGAGAGAAGCCAUCUUGAAUUUUGAACCAGGUGGAUGGGAUGCGGCCUGCUCUGGAUGAUGUUAUUGUCAGGAGUUCAGCCUACACUCGAGUAGGACCCUGGCAGAAACACAUGCUCGACUGGCAUGUUCUCUCCCUCCUGGUCAAUCAUUUGGGAGCUUCAAAAGCUUUCUUCAGCCCGAACAUCACAGCAACUGAUGCCAACCGACACCGGCACACUUAGGGAUCUGCAGAGUUUGCGCAUCAUGCGUAACAGACCUCAGCAACUCAGCAUUUUGGCUAAUCUACUUUAUUUACAUAUAAACACACACAGAGCAUUGCAACAUGGCUCCCUCUCUCUCUGUAGCAUCAGAGAAAAAACAAAGGACAAUAGUCCCACUUCACAGAACACAGUAACACAAACAUCCUGUCUCCGUCACUUCCCACUCUGUGGAGUCAAAACAUAUACCGUCAUGUGAUAGACAACAAUCCCAUGACUGCAAUCAUGGAGCAGGAAUUCUAACAUCUACACUCCCCCUGAAGGAGCAGGUACAUAGCUUGAGGGUACUUUUGGAUCCAGUAUUGUUGCUUGAGGCCUAAGUGGCCUUGGUGGCAGGGAGUGGCCAGGCAGUACCCCUAUCUGACAGGGACAGUCUAACGUUACAGGCAGCUUGUAAUUCUGAAUGACCAAAACAUCUAUGCCAAGAGUUGACAAACUUUGUAGGCCCAUGGGAUUUAUGAUCAAAUGCUGUGGGCACUACCCCUCCAGGUCACUUGUCUCCCCCAUUGCUCCCUGCACAAAGAGACAGUAAGAGAGAAAAUGCACAGCAUACACAUACAGUUCCCUUUUCCAAGAUAUGUAGGUAAAAGUUGGAUCUGGUGGAAUUAAUCUGAGUAUUGAGAAGCACUUAGAGCUGAAAGAGGAAGUGGGAAAGAGUUUCAGUCUUUGAAUUUCCUGCUUCAACUCUUAAGUACUUUUCAAGGAAUUUUAAAAUUAACUACCCUCCAUUUCGCCUCACAGCCAAGGGGGCAGUGAAUGGGAAGAGGGCUCAAAGAUUUCAUGGGCACCGUAGGAACACCAUUGUGCCCACAGAUACUGCACUGGCAAUCCCCGUUGAAUGCUGUGAAAGAUGAACGUUAUUUACCUACUGGACCAAAUUCCUGCCUAUGUCACUGUGCUUUUUCUUGGCCCAACUGCAUAUUAAUAAGGUAAUGCACACCACUGUUCUGAGAAUAUACCGCCCUUCAUUAUGUCCAAGCAAAAGUUCUGUCUUGCCACAUAUUAAUGGUGUUUUACUACUGCUUGCAGAUGCCAUAGGCUUAUCAUGGAUGUUCCUUCUCUAUGGACUGGUGGGAGCAGUGGCUGUUCUGUUUGUUUACCUUUUUGUGCCUGAAACCAAAGGACAGACUCUAGAAGAGAUAGACCAGCAGUUCUCAAAGAAACGGUAAGUCCUGAAGAGGCCCCUUCCACCUGCCUUGCCCCACCCCCUGGCCCUGGGAUUCCUCAUAAGGAAGCUGGUCCUGGAGAAAGAACUGUGAGGGGAGAGACUCCAUCAGGCAAGGCCUCCUUCCACCUGUCUUGCCCCACCCUCUUGUCUCUGCUUCUCAAUUUGUAUUGUAUUAUUUUAUGUACUGUGGCUUGCCAUUGUUUUAUUGAUUAUAGUUUAGAAAUUAUUUAUUGUAACUGUUGAGUUGAUUUCCGUUUAACUUUUAUAUGUUGUUAUUAUUAUUUAAUACUAUUCUAAUGAUGGUUGAAUGUUACUUUUUUGAUGUAGGUUGCCUAUUUUAAAGUUAUGUUUUAUUAUCACAUUUUUGUAUUGCAUUAGAUUGUUAUAAGAUGUACAUUUUUUGUUUCUUCAGCUUGUAAACCGUCUUGACUAUUGUAAGAUAGAAAGACGGUAUACAGAUUAAAAAUGAUGAUGAUGAUUGCUUGUUGCACAGCUUGGUCCACAAUAGCAGUCGGUGCCAACACUGGUUUAGACAUAUGUACACAGGACUAGGCUAUCAGUGGUUGUAGCUUCUAGUCAUGGUGGCUGUGUUCUACCUCCAUUGAUGGAGGCUGUUUGGAUACCAUUUGCUGGGCACCAUGAGUGGGAAGAGUCCUGUUGCAGUGAGGUCCUCUUUGUGGUCAUCUGGUUGAGCAUUUUGAAAACCAAGUGCUGAACUAAAUGUGCCAUUGGGCCCUUAUGCUCUUACAGACAUUGUAAGACUCUUUGAAAUCAUGUUGCUGGGAACAUUUGGGGGAUACGCACAUGAACCAUCCUCACUGAUCUCUCUCGUUGUUUUGCAGGUUCCUGCAAAGGGGCACAUUUGGGCAAAAAUUGUGGAACAGAGGAGAAAUCCGAAUGCGUGCUCAUUACCAAAGAGUGGACCAUCCUAGUGCCUCUUGAGAGAUAAGCCAGGCAUGUUGCCACUUGUGCAACUUUCUACACUGUUGGAAGUGUUAUGAGGACUUGCCCGAAGCCAAGGGUCCUGGAUCAUUCCUUGAAAGUUCUGUGAUUCAUUUGGGUGACAGCACAGGGUUGCUGUUUUAGGUGUUUUGUUGUGCAUAGAACCUAGAAAUGUUCAUCCCUUGGUAUCCUGGAGGAACCGUAGCUGAUGUUCCCCCAGCAGUUUGAAAAGACUUUUUAAAAAACACUGAUAAAUAAAGCAUAAAUUGGGAUAACAGGACUCUUGCUGUGUCUCACUGUGGAAUGACUGAAUAUCUUACAGCUUGAUGCACCACCCAUUUAUACUGAAAUAUGUGGGUCUGUAUUUAGCCUUGAUAGAAAUUAACACCAAUUUGACUUCUAGUGCCUUUGUAAAAAAAAGAAGGAAAGAAAAAAGAAUUUCAAUUUUUCUCCAGCCUUUACAAAUUAUGAUUUGGAUGGGAGCUGUUGCAAAGACCUUGUAAGGUUAGUGAUGUUGAAGCAUGCUUAUGUCUACUCAGCCUCAUUAGCAAAGCCCUAGUCAGGCACUCUGUACCCAAGAACAUGCCCACUGAAACCUCCCUUCUUGAUUCAGCAGGUGUUCCAGGAACACCUCCUUGCAAAACAUGUGAUUGGCAUAAGUCUAAAGGACCAUUAAGCAGGUCCAGGUGUCAGUCAGGGUUUGUGACUUUGUGGAGGGAGUCCUUUGUACACACAUACUCAGUUGGCCAUGGGGGGUUGUUGGUGCUGUGCAUACUGGCCAUGUGUGUACACACACACACACACACACGUGUGUUCUGUGGGCAAGGGCUUCCUACAAACACCAUUUCAUUCCAGAGUAUGUUGGAACCAGACCUUUAUCACAGUGGGGCACCUUCUUUGUGGAGCUUCCUCUCAUCACUUAUGAG